AAACAGCAGCUGAGGCAGCAGUCACUGCCUUUGCUGUCACCCGGCUGUAGUGCAUCACUCUGAGCCCACCGGCCGUGGGUGCCUCCUCGGUUCCCGGGGGACUCUGGGAGCCCUGAGGGGCGAAGCGACGGGGACGCCUCUCAAGAGAAGAGGCGACGUCGCAGCCCCGGAUGCGGGCAGAGGGCGCGGGAAUGGAGCUUGGCGGCUGCGAGGAGGGCUUGCCGGAGGAGAGCAGGAGGGAGCACUGGCAGUUGCUGGGUAAUUUGAAGACUACUGUGGAGGGUUUAGUAUCAGCUAACAGCCCCAAUGUCUGGUCCAAGUAUGGUGGCCUGGAGCGGCUUUGCAGGGACAUGCAGAGCAUCCUCUAUCAUGGGCUCAUCCAUGACCAGGUGUAUUGCCGCCAGACUGAUUACUGGCAAUUUGUGAAAGACAUCCGCUGGCUCAGUCCCCACUCAGCCCUUCAUGUGGAGAAGUUCAUCAACUUGCAGGAGAACGGCCAGAGCAGCACUGACGGCAUGAGUGAGCGUGCCGUUGCGGAGCUGUGGCUGCAGCAUAGCUUGCAGUGCCACUGUCUCUCAGCCCAGCUCCGACCUCUGCUGGGGGAUAGACAGUAUAUCAGAAAAUUCUACACAGAUACUGCUUUCCUGCUAAGCGACUCCCAUGUCACGGCCAUGCUCCAAUGCCUAGAAGCAGUGGAACAGAACAACCCUCGUCUCCUGGCUCAGAUUGAUGCAUCUAUGUUUGCCAGAAAGCAUGAGAGCCCGCUGCUGGUGACAAAGAGCCAGAGCCUGACAGCUCUGCCUGGUUCCACGUACACCCCUUCAACCAGUUAUGCUCAGCAUUCCUAUUUUGGGUCCUUCUCUAGCCUCCACCAAUCCAUACCCCAUCAUGGCUCAGAAAGAAGAUCUACUUCCUUUUCACUCUGUGGCUCAUGCCAGAAACCUCAAGAAAGCAGAGGACAUGUCUCGCCAGCAGAGGAUCAAACCGUCCAAGCCCCUCUGCUUCCAAUCUCUGCAUUAGCCGGGGACUCCCCCUCGACCCCAAAUGAGAUGAGCUCCAGCACUCUGACCAGCCCCUUAGAAGCACCCUGGGUCAGCAGCCAGAAUGAUUCCCCAAGUGAUGCCAGUGAGGGGCCUGAGUACUUGGCCAUUGGCAACCAGGACCCCCGAGGCCGGACCGCCAGCUGUCAGAGUCACAGCAGCAAUGCUGAGAGCAACAGCUCCAAUUUGUUCUCCUCCAGCAGCUCCCAGAAGCGAGAUUCUGCUGCUUCCUCUCUAGGGGACCAAGAGGGAGGUGGGAAGAGCCAGUUGUCCAAUGUCCUUCGCAGGUCUAGCUUCUCAGAGGGGCAAACACUCACUGUCACCGGUGGAACAAAGAGGAGCCAUACUCGCUCCCAUUCGGAUACCAACAUUGCCUCCAGAGGAGCCCCAGAAUCCUGCAAUGAUAAGUCGAAGUUGAGAGGCCCCUUGUCCUACUCUGGUCAAAGCAGUGAAGUCAGCACACCCAGCUCUCUGUACAUGGAGUAUGAGGGCAGUCAGUACCUGUGCUCAGGAGAAGGCAUGUUCCGAAGACCAUCAGAGGGACAGUCCCUCAUCAGCUACCUGUCUGAGCAAGACUUUGGCAGCUGUGCAGACCUGGAAAAGGAAAAUGCCCACUUCAGCAUCUCAGAAUCCUUGAUUGCUGCCAUUGAGCUGAUGAAGUGCAACAUGAUGAGCCAGUGCCUAGAAGAGGAGGAAGGGGAGGAGGACAGUGACAGGGAGAUCCAGGAACUGAAGCAGAAGAUCCGCCUUCGUCGCCAGCAGAUCCGCACCAAGAAUCUGCUCCCUGUGUACCAGGAGACUGAGAAUGGAAGCUUUCGGGUCACUUCCAGCAGCUCCCAGUUCAGUUCACGUGAUUCAGCACAGUUCUCUGACUCUGGCUCUGCUGAUGAGGUUGAUGAAUUUGAAAUCCAAGAUGGUAGUGAAGGAUCUAACCUGACUCACAUGUCAAAGAAUGGACUCUCAGUAUCAGUGGCCUCGCUGUUUUCAGAUGCUGACAUCAGAAGGAGCACACUCUCAAACAACAAAUCAUGUGUUUCCUCCCAGUCCUUCUCUCACUGCUUCCUACACUCCACGUCUGCUGAGGCAGUGGCCAUGGGGCUCCUGAAGCAGUUUGAGGGGAUGCAGCUCCCAGCCGCCUCAGAGCUAGAGUGGCUUGUUCCAGAGCACGAUGCCCCUCAGAAGCUCCUGCCCAUCCCUGACUCACUGCCCAUCUCACCAGAUGACGGGCAGCAUGCUGACAUCUACAAGCUACGUAUUCGUGUUCGAGGCAACCUGGAGUGGGCCCCACCCCGGCCUCAGAUAAUUUUUAAUGUUCAUCCAGCCCCAACGAGGAAAAUCGCUGUGGCCAAGCAGAAUUACCGCUGUGCAGGAUGUGGCAUCCGGAGUGACCCUGAUUACAUCAAGCGGCUGCGGUACUGCGAGUACUUGGGCAAGUACUUCUGUCAGUGCUGCCACGAGAAUGCCCAGAUGGUUAUCCCCAGCCGAGUUCUGCGCAAGUGGGACUUCAGCAAGUACUACGUCAGCAAUUUCUCCAAGGACCUGCUCAUUAAGAUCUGGAACGAUCCUCUCUUCAAUGUGCAGGACAUCAACAGUGCCCUCUAUAGGAAGGUCAAGCUGCUCAAUCAAGUCCGGCUGCUGCGGGUCCAGCUGUGUCACAUGAAGAACAUGUUCAAGACGUGCCGACUGGCCAAAGAGCUUCUGGACUCCUUUGACACAGUUCCAGGCCACCUGACAGAGGAUCUCCACCUGUACUCGCUGAAUGACCUGACUGCAGCCAGGAAGGGAGAGCUGGGGCCCCGGCUCGCUGACCUCACCAGGGCGGGGGCUGCCCACGUAGAGCGAUGCAUGCUUUGCCAAGCCAAGGGCUUCAUCUGUGAGUUCUGUCAGAAUGCGGAUGACAUCAUCUUUCCCUUUGAGCUCCAUAAGUGCCGGACCUGUGAAGAGUGUAAAGCGUGUUACCAUAAAGCUUGUUUCAAGUCUGGAAGCUGUCCCCGCUGUGAGCGGCUGCAGGCCCGGCGGGAGUUGCUGGCCAAGCAGAGCCUGGAGUCCUACAUGUCAGACUCUGAGGAAGAACCCACCGAGGCCUUGGCCCUGGAGGCCGCCAUCCUGGAGACCACCUGAAGAAAGCACGUAAAGCGCUCUUCCUAGGGGCUAGGGUCACACAUAGUGCAGAACUGAGCCACCUUUUUAAGGACUUUCCCCACUUUUUUUUUUUUUAAUUAUCAUCAUCAUUAUUAAUUUUUACGACCUGUCUAAUGUCCAUGUACAGUCAACCUUAUUUAGGUUGGUGGGGUCCAGUCUGUUGUGACAAUUUAUAGGUACCAAGUAUUUCCAUCAGAACUGACACAUGGGUCCCUAAGUGAAGCUUCUAGUGCCUCUGUCAGGAAAAUGGACAGGGAGACCCAGUUCUUCCGACAUCCAUGGCCUUCUCCACUUGGACCAGAUCUGGUUUCAGCUGCAUCUCAAGUAUCAUUUCCAGUUGUAUUUUGUUGUAAUUCUGGAGCUUCUGAGCCAGGCCUUUCUCAGCGAACUCACUUCUCCUUUGCUGCUGAAACAGGAGGUUGGAGUUUUCUCUCUCCCAGUCCUGGAAUAGGGUCAGACUGCCCUGAGGAGAAGCAGCAGAGAAUGGGACUACAUCAUGGGCAUUCUUAUUUAGGUGUUUUUGAGGCCAUAAAAACAGCGUUAUUGCUACCUUAGAAUUUUCAGAGACCUCAAGGAGGCAGUGAUGACUUCCUUGUUUGAAAUAUUCUAGGCAUAGAUGAUGUCACAGGCUGACUUUCUUUAUCUACCCUGGGGGACUUGACACGAAGAACAGAACUGAUACUUAGACCAGGCCCAUUUCUAGCAUAAGUGACGCUACAACUCUGUUGUUUAAGGAGCAUUUAUUCAGUCAGAGGGGCUGUUGGCCUCCUCUUAGGUGAUCAGGUCCCUUUCAGUCAACAUAGCUCUGGUGCAGGUUUGAUCUUUCAAGCUCAGGCAAGUUCCUGACACCAUCCUAAACUGAGGACAGAAACCCCAUCCACCAUUUUAUCAGUGGGUCUCUUGCCACUGUGUCCUCUGUUAGGUGGUCAGUGUGGUUCUGAGUAGAAGCCUGGCCCAACUCCGUGCUCUCCCUCCGCUCCUGAAGCACAGCUGGGACCCUCCCUGGUGGCUGAUCUCUUGCGUUAGUUUCUUUUGUCAAAGUUGAGGAAAAAGCUUCUUGCUGUUAGUGGUGUCAGACGACUUGGCAGUUUGUGGAUGUGAGCGCGAAUGUUCCCGUGUUCUUGGGAUAACAAGAGCCUUUAUGCCAAUUAUGCACUUAACUCUUUAGCCUGGUGAUAUUCAUAUGUUCACUCAUCCUUUUCUUAUUACUAACUUUAACACACACACAUACACACACACACACCCUUUUUUAAUGUGUGUUUUGAUGGGAAAAGUUUUUGCUGGGACCGAGUAUAUGUUUGUCAUAUUCUUUAAGUUGCUGUACUUCCUGACCUGUGUGUAAAACACUGGUCAGGAUCACUGCUCUGAGGGCUGGCAGCUCUGUGAACUAAAGCCCAGAGCAUUUUUGUUUUGGGACUGACUUCUUCCUGGAUGCCUGUCUUUCCGUAGCUGGUUGCUUGUAAGAAAAACUUGCUGUGGGUGCUACCCCAGGAAGCUGAACAGAAAGUUGCACAUGGUUGGUGGAAGCUGAUGAAUGCCUGAGUUGGAGGCAACCAGGAGUCUCACAGGAAGUCGAAGGGGCAGUAAAGUAACAGCCAGAGCUGAGGCUCCACCAGGACAAGAGGGAGCAGGGAGGAAUUGACUUCUGGUGUUGGUCCCUCUGCUUCAGACUUGCGAUCUGAAGGCUACUUCAGGCUGUUCUCCCUUCAGUUCACGGGUGGGGCGGAGGGGCUGUGAAAGCCAAGGCCUCCAGCCCAGCCCAGUUUUGAAGGGCGGACUAGAAGCUCCCUUGUCCUCAAGGAGCUUUGGGAAUGACCCUAUGAGACUCAAGUCUCACUGAGGAUUAGGCCUCGGAUUCAGACUAAGGGCUUUGUGAAGGUGGUGAGCUCUACUUCCACUUUCGGUUUAAAUUACAAGUCUAGCUCCUUACUCCAAGUCACUACACUGGAGGAGAGAUAUACUCUUAUUAUUGUCGUGCGUGUUUCAUAUAGCAUAGGAUCAAAGGAUGGAAGAUGCUGACAAUGUUUCUAAAGCUGAGCUCAACAAUCUCACCCUCCUGGUUUUUCACUUAUUUUUCUCCACCUCUCUCACCUCAUCCCUUUAGGUUGCAUAUCUGUUUUAGUGACCCUGACACUGUGCUGUCAUCACUGUCCAAAUACCCAUUUAUUUAUUUAUUUGAGAGUGGGGCGGGGAGAGGAAAGAGGAUGGGAUUUUUUGAAAGCACUUUGCAACUUAUCAGUAUCUGAAAAUCCCUGCUGUUGUGGGGAGAAGCUUUGAAUGCACUGAAGAGAGUUCCUUCUGAAUGAAAUGGGAAGGAAGAAGUGGUUUUUUCUAUAAAUAAAGGGAAAAAGAAGUUUGCUUACAAGGUGGAGACAAGAUUUAAGACAUAGCAGAAGAGUGGAAGGCAAAUAUUUUCCACUUAAAUGAGGCUGUUAUUGACUUUCUCUACCAAAGCUUUAGAGCUUCUGUUGAAUUAACAUAAAAGGAGCAAGAGUCUAAAUGGAGAUGUUCUGGGGUGUGUACAACUCGUGUUCCGAACUAGGUUUCUACUUGUUAUAAUUCAUACACAGCCUGACAGUUCAUUGUCGUCAUUAAUAAACUAAGGAAAUGAAA